AGCAAUUGCACGUGAAGAGUUUUGUUUAAAAGUGUUAACGAAUUAAAAAACAUAUUUUCCACCGAAAACCAUGGCCAAAGACAAGAAGAAAGUAAAAGAAAAGGCAGCUAAAUCUCAGCAAAAUGGAGUUGAGAAGCCAGCAGCCUCUGGCAACAGUGCAAUUUGGCAGGAUGAACGUUUCCAGCACUUGGUUACGGAUCCUCGUUUUAAAAACCUCCCAAAGGUCCAGAGAAAAGUUAAAAUUGAUAAACGUUUCGAGGGCAUGUUCACAAAUGAUAAAUUCCAAGUGAAAUAUACGGUGGAUAAGUAUGGCAGACGGGUCAAUAGAAGUAAUGCCGAUGAUUUGCGUAAAUACUACGAACUGAACUCCAGCGAUGAUGAGGAAAAGGAAGAGGAGGAAGAAGACAAGGUUGGCGGCCAAGAAUCGGAAAAGGAUGAUUCCGAAGAGGAUGAGCAAGAAGAACGUGAAAAGGAGGAAAAGGCCAUAAUCCAAGAGAGUGAUGUUGAUGAAAAUGAUGCUUUAACCAGUGAUGAUGAAGAGAUGCCCAAAUCGUUAAGGGAUCGCCUAUUGGAUCCCAAUAUCGAUUAUGCCAGAGGAGAGGGACGUUUAAUAACUGAUUCUUCAUCUGAUGAUGACUCUUCGGAGGAUGAUGAAGAUCCGGAAAUGUAUAUAGAUCAUGUGUGGGGAGAAUUAGACAAUGAUGCCGAUACCACCGAUGAAUCAACCAGACGUUUGGCCGUGUGCAAUAUGGAUUGGGAUCGAGUUAGGGCUGUGGAUUUAAUGGUUCUAUUCAAUUCCUUUUUGCCACGUGGUGGUUCCAUAUUGAGCAUAAAGAUAUAUCCAUCAGAAUUUGGUAAGGAACGUAUGAAGGAAGAGGAACUACAUGGCCCCCCUGAAUUGGUGGGCCUAGACAAGGAUUCCAGAAAUCCCAAAAAAGAGAGCGACAAACCCAAAAAGAAGAAGAAAACUUCUGGUAGUGAUGAUGAAGAUGAUGAAUUGGUAGUGGAACAGGACAGUGAUGCCGAGGAAGGCGAUGAAUAUCACAUGGAAAAGUUGCGUCAAUAUCAGCUGAAUCGUUUGCGUUACUACUAUGCUGUAAUGGAGUUCGACAGCGUGGAAUCGGCCGAUAAAAUCUACAAGGAAUGUGAUGGCAUUGAAUACGAAAGUUCAGCCACAAAAAUUGAUUUACGUUAUAUACCCGAUGACACCACAUUCGAUGAGGAUGAACCCACCGAUGUUUGUUUAGAAAUGCCUGACAUGAAUACAUAUCAACCGCGACAAUUUACAACCACAGCCCUGCAACAAGCCAAAGUGGAUUUGACUUGGGAUGAGACGGCAGUAGAUCGUAAAGAACUGGGAGAUAAAUUGUCUUCGGGUAAAAUGGAUGGCAUAAGCGAUCAGGAUUUAAGGAAAAUUGUUGCCUAUAGCAGUGAAGAGGAGGAGGAGGAGGAAGAAGGUGAUGGCGAAGCGGACGAAGAAGAAGAAGAUGAUGCAGAAGAAAGUCAAGUCGAAGAAGAAAAACCAGUGGAGAAAAAAAGUAAAAAGCCCAAAUCCAAGAAAAAGGAGGAAGUCAUUAACAAAUAUAAAGCCUUGUUGGCAGAAAUCAAUGAAAAGGAACAAAAAGAAAAGGAGAAAAAGAAAUAUGCCAUGGAAUUCACUUGGGAGGUUAAUGAGGGCAAUGAAAACAAAGAAGACGAUAAGGAUAAAGAAGAAACAUUUGAAGGCAAACCUAAGUCGGAGCUAACACCCAUUGAAAAAGUCCUGCUGAAACGCAGUGAAAAGAAUAAGAGACGCAAAGAAGAACGAAAGAAAAAGAAAUUACAAGCUGCUGGAGUGGAGUCCGAAUCUGAUCUAGAUUCCUUACCGGAAGGUAUUGAUAUGAGUGACCCCUACUUUGCCGAAGAAUUUGCCAAUGGCGACUUUGUUGAUCCCAAGGCGAAGCGCAAAGAAAAACAAAAGAAACAACGACAGCUAAAGGCUGAGCAGGAGGAAGAAGAUGAAAAGAAUGCCAAGGAAUUGGAAUUGCUGCUAGAUGACAAUGAAGAAGAUCACAAGAAACAGCACUUUAGUCUGGAAAAGAUACUCAAACAGGAGCAGGAAACCAAAUCGAAAAAGAAACGCAAGAAGCAGCUAAAGAAAUCCAAGGCAGACAUUGAGGAAUCGAAUAAACCCAUUGAAGACAAUUUCCAAUUGAAUGUCAAUGAUAAUCGUUUCAAGGCCGUUUUUACUUCACAUGAAUUUAAUAUUGAUCCCACCGAUCCUCAUUUUAAGAAGACCAAGGGUAUGGAACAAUUGAUCCAUGAAAAGCUUAAAAGAAGGCACAAUGAGGGGGAUGUAAAUAAAACGGCAAAUGGAAAUGCUGAGAAUGAUGGACCCGACAGCGCCAAGAAACCCAAGAAAAAUAUUGAAAAUAUUUUGUUGGUGAAAAAUUUGAAACGAAAAAUUCAAAUGAAACAGCAGCAACAACAGCAGCAGGUUAGAUAAGAAUGGAGGAUGUGAGAAGAAAAUAUUUAUGUAAAUAUUGGCGUAGUUUUAGUAAAAAUCGAAACAAAUAUUUGUUAGAAAAUAAUAAAACUGUGUUUUGUACUAAAAA